AUGACGCAAGGAGGGGUGGAGGAGGUGGUGGUACAGCUAGAGGCCAGCAUUCAUUCCAGAACUCUGAAGGAAGGUCUUGAAGAGUAUCCCUUAGAAGAUGAGAUCCUUGUGAAAGUGCUGUUGGAGGAACUGAAGGCAUACAAAGCUGUGCGAGUUGACACUGGCCAAGAGCGCUUCAAUGUGAUCUGUGACCUCCUAGAUAUAUGUUCAGAAGGCAGCCCAUGGGUCCAUGAAAGAGCUUUUAUCCUGGUAGAAUUGGCACAGGUGCUGUGCUAUCAUGAUUAUAGUGAGCAGACAGAAUGUUCUGCUCUGGACUCUAUAAAUGAAGCCCUGAGGUUGUUAGAAUAUGUGCCAAAGACUCCACAGAAUGAUGAACAGCUUCAGGAUGAUAAGGCCCAGGCUUUACUUUGGCUUUAUAUCUGCACAGUUGAGGACAAAAUGCAUGAGGUAUGUCAGAGAACCAGAAAUACUCAGGGACAAAAAGACGUGGAAGUUCUUCAGAACUUUGAAACCAAUGAUCUCACAUAUGAGGAUAAAUCCCACGAUGACAAGUUCCUGUAUCUUGGCAUUGCAUUUAAUCUAUCUGCAGAUUCUGAAUGGAGAACAGUUUUCUUAGAAAUUGAGGUUUCUUCCUCUUUUUCUAUUUAUGAACAGAUUGAAGAAGGCCUCAGUCUGUUGGUAGAAAUCCUUCAAAAUCCAGCUUUGCAAAGAUCUUCUAAGGUCUGGUAUCUGCUGCGAGCCAGUGCUCUCCAGCUAACUGCUGCUUAUCUUAUCCUACCUUCUUCCACUCUCCCACUGACACUCAGGCAGAAGCUCUCUGUUCAAGGUGAUAACCUGGUGCAGAAAUGGCAGGUGCUGGCAGAUAUGUUUGUUUGUUCAGAGCGUUUUGUGUCUCUCCUUAGCAAGAUUGAGACAGUAAGUGAAGCCAAAGCUUUUUGCCUGGAAACGCUCAAAAUUUCCAUGAAGGUGCAAUCCAUUCGAUGGUGUGCUCACUUUCUGGUUCUGAAGAGCAAGCUGGAACUUCAGCGCAACAAUCUGGAUCUGUGUGGCUCAGAUCUUGAGCAGGUCCUCUUUCUUCUUGAAUCGGGCACAGUGUUUGAAACCAAAGGAGAAAAGGGGGAGGUGCGAAUCAAGCCCAAGAAAGGAGGCCCUAAGGGCAAGAAGCCUGAAAGCCUACACUUGAAGUCUACUGAGGAAGACCAGUCUUUCCUGAAAGAAGCCUGCCUUGAAUUCAUUGAUACCGUCCCUGUGCAGAAGACUCUAACUACUUCACCCGUACUGAGGCCAAAGCUGAAGAAACAGCUCAGCUUCUUGAACCACCCGGAUAAGUGCUGCUGUUUGCUAUGUUCUGAUGUGAUCCUCUCCACCAUCUGUCUCCGUUGGCUGAUCAUCUCUGUGGAUGGAGAGCUGACAUUUGGGAACGGAGGGGAAGGAUUGCAUCUCCUUCAGGCCAUUCUGCAACGGUGCACCACUGUGGCUCAGCGCAUCGCCCAGGUGGUAGCAUUUGUAUGUCCGCAGGAAGGGAAGAAAGUUGUUGCUCCAUGUCAGUCCACCAUUGGGCUUCUUGAUGGCCUAAUGGCCCACAUCUAUGUCCUUUUGACAAAGCAAAGCAUGAACAGCAGUAGACCAGGAAAGAAAUUCUGGCAGUUUCUGGAGAAGGGUUUGACCUUCCUUUCCUCCAAGGGGCCUCAACUGCUUGAACUUGAAUACUGCAGGACCCAGCUCCUACUUGCCAGAGCUGUGGCUGCAAUUUCUGUUCUCAACUCCAGACAAGGCAGUUAUGCAGAAAAUAUACUGUCCAAUACUUGGUCCUGGAAGUCCCCAUUGCCUCUUACUGGAGACCAAGAAAUCAAGCUGGGAACAACAACAGAAGAGACUUUCAAUACAGUUUAUGCAAUGUCUCUGAAAAGCAGAACAAAGAAGCAGCCAGUACCUGUCUCAAAAUCGAAGUCUAAAAGACUCCGAGGGGCCAAAACUCGGCCUGUGAUCAAGCUAAAUGACCCCUUUGCCCUGGCUGACUCUGAUUCAGACACUCCUUCCAUUGUUCUUAAGCCCCCUACCGAAUCCUUCGGUACCCCCGCCCAAAAAUCCCUUCCAGUCUCCAAGAAAAACCUGUCCUUAAGUGCCAGGUCCAUCAUUGCCCACAAGGCUCCAUUUGUGGUGUUUGAGGAAUCCUCUCCAAAACUGAAGGCUGAACUUCCAAAGGCUCCCAAAGUAACCAGGAGAAUGAAAUCCCGAAUUAAGAUUCUCUUCAGUGAUGACAGUGAUGCAGAAGGCCAUCCAGAAGUAGGACCAGAAUCCCAGCUCCAUGUUGAGACUGAACCAACUGCUGCUACUCGCAGGACGGGACGGAGGGUAGCAUCGAACAGAAAACCAGCGAAGGCAAGCUUUGCUAAAACGGAGAGGUGCAGUGCUGGCUCUUCACAGGAACAUUCCAAAAUGGUAAACCCCCAGGUUGGGAGGCCGAGACGAGGCCCUAGACGAGGAAAGCAAGAAGACAUCCAGAAAGGUUCCAGGGAGAGAAUUCUUCAGGAAGAUCAAGGAGGAGGAGAAGAGAAGGACAUUCUAAAGGCAAACAAGGAGAGUUCAGAAGACAACAUUGAAGUCUUGCGAGGUUCUGAUGAGGAGAAAGCUAUUAACGAAACUCGACAACAACCAAGCACAGAAGAUCAGGAGAUCCUCCGGAAAGAUUUUAGCACUGUCUUACAGGGAGGGUUUUCAGCCACAGAGAAGAAGGCUUUGGAAGAUCCCUUCAACUUGCAUGUACUUGCCUCCUCACUAGAUGCACCUGCAGACAUUUUGUCCAUGGACUCGGUCUAUGACUCCCUGCAAGCUGCUUUUCAGUCGAUUGCCCAUUAUCCACUGGGUGCCCUCUACAACCAGCUCUGUCAACUCAUGGCGCUGUGUAUUGGGAACCGGGACCCCAUUGCCACCGCCUAUCUGGUUUCUGAGUCAGUCUCUAUCACUCUUCGUCAUCAGAAGAUGACCAUGAUUCAUAAGAAAGUCAACAAAAUGAAAAAGACAUCAGUGGCCGGUGUUUCCAAGGAACUGGAGGCACUUACCCUGCAAGAAGGAAAAGCGGAUUCUCAGCUUCAGCAGCUCUUAGAACUUCAGAACGUCUUUGAGUUCAGCUGCCCCACGUCAACAGGGUUGGAAACUAAGAAAUUCAGGGAAAGCCUGCAGGAAAUCCCCCCUGGAAUCACAGUGUGCAUAAUGACACUGGUGAGCACCCAACCACAGACCACUGAGGACAUCCUCUUAUUGACAAGAUUAGAGAAGGAUGCUACCCCUGUGAACAUCCAGAUACAGACUCUGCAUGCCAAGGUCUCCUUAAGUGCAGCUCUAAGUGAAUUCGAAGCCAUCCUGCAAAAACAAAAAGAGAUCUCAAAUUUCACACUGAAAGAGGAUUGGUGGACUGGUCGGAUAGCAUUGGACAAAAGAAUGAUGGUGAUUCUUGAACCUGGAUGGACAGGAGUGGUGGGAGAAGUUCCCAGUACAGACCAAGUACCACAGGCCCUCGAAGAAUGUGACCUCUACAUCUAUGCUGGUCAUGGGGCAGGCACACGCUUUGUGGAUUCCAUCUUAAAGAUUGAUUGCAGAGCUGUGGCUUUUCUUUUUGGCUGCAGCAGUGCUGCUCUAGCUGUACAGGGCAACCUGGAGGGAACUGGUGCUAUCCUCAAGUUCAUCAUGGCAGGAUGUCCCCUGGUGCUGGGUAAUCUCUGGGAUGUAACAGAUCGAGAUAUUGACCGCUAUAUGCAGGCACUUCUGAACAACUGGCUCAAGGCAGGUUCGGGAACACCUUUGCUACAGUACAUCAUUGAAUCCCGCCAGGCUCCCAAGCUCAGAUACAUGAUUGGCGCUGCUCCAGUUGCAUAUGGCUUACCAGUGUUCCUGAAAUAG